CAGUACUCUAAAACUACAAGCUGUGACCGUUGGGUGGGAAGACUUGCUGUUGCAUUGUUUUCAGGAAUGAAAAGCUAUAAGGUUGUAGUCGUCGUAAAUGAGUGAAACAACGUUAUUGGAAGGAAAAUGAAAUUAUUUUUAAAUUUUUGAUUUACGCGCAAAACGACAACAAACUUCGCCAACUCAAAAGAAGAGAGAAAAACAAACACGAUAAACGAAGAAGGGGUAUAAAGAGGGCGUAUGAAUGGUGUGACGGACCCUCCUCCAUUCCGCGCGAUCUGGACUUUUAUUAUUUUUUCUCUUCUGCACUGUCAGCCCCCUGUAUCGCUGAACUAAGGAGGUUGUGGAAAAGCCUCUCUGCGCCGGUCGCGUGGCUUCUUUGUGUACGGCAGCUGCUCCUAAAUGCAUGGGCAAACAUUGUGGCUUGGCAUAGGUAUAGCUAACACCCCUCGAGGAAAAGCAUCAGAACUGAUCAACCUGUAUUUGAGUUUUGAACUAGCAAGUCUAUCUACCACUAAACUACUACGACUACAAGAGGAUUAUCAAAGCGAUAUACUUUACUACCCCUUCCCCAUCCCUUGUCUGUUUUUUUCUUCUCCCUACUGUCCCGACAAAGCUUGCUGCUUUCUCCAACCAACUAACAGCGCGUGGAUUUUAAAAGACUGAAAAACGUGACCCCCGGAACGCUUUGUAGAUCUGAGCUCGUGUCACAAAAUAGAGGCAUUCGAUCCAGAAACGACAUGGAUGUAAGGUUUUAUCCGUCUGCCGGUGGGAAUCCUAUUCCUGGUGAUCCGUCGAACCUGGAUUUUACCCACUGUUUGGGUUACUACAACUACAACAAGUUCGGGAACAAUAACAACUACAUGAACAUGGCGGAAGCAGGCGGUGCACUCCUCGCAGCUGGUGAUCAGACGUUUCACACGCCCAGCCUGGGAGAUGAGGAGUUUGAGAUACCGCCCAUCACACCCCCUCCAGAGUCGGAGGCGGGCCUGGGGAUGUCUGACGCGGACUCGCCCUUCCCCGGGCUCCCCGAGCCCCAGCACUCACAGAGGGUCCAGUUCACCCCCCAGUUCCCCCCUCAGAACCUGGAGCUGCCCUCCAUCACCAUCUCCCGCAACCUUGUGGACCAAGAGGGAGGAGUCAUCAGCAACGGCCUGCCAGUGAACAUUGGACAAGCUCACCUUCGCCAGUAUCCCCCCAAUCCUUCAAUGGUCAUGAGAUCUAUCAUCAACAUGAACAACCCUUCUGCCAUGAUGUCUGGAAAUCAGCUGACCACCAUCAACCAGUCCCAACUCAGCGCACAACUGGGCUUAAACCUGAGUGGACCAAACAUUCCCCACACCUCACCCUCACCUCCAGCCAGCAAGUCUGCAACACCCUCGCCCUCCAGCUCCAUCAACGAAGAGGACCCAGAUGAUGGCAACAGGGUGAUUGGUGAGAAGCGGCCUGCACCUGAUGCCGCCAAGAAGCCCAAAACGCCCAAGAAGAAGAAAAAGAAAGACCCCAAUGAGCCGCAGAAGCCCGUCUCUGCCUACGCCUUGUUCUUCAGGGACACCCAGGCUGCCAUCAAGGGCCAGAACCCCAAUGCCACCUUUGGGGAGGUGUCCAAAAUCGUGGCCUCCAUGUGGGACGGCCUGGGAGAGGAGCAGAAGCAGGUCUAUAAAAGCAAAACUGAAGCUGCCAAGAAAGAAUAUUUAAAAGCCCUUGCUGCAUACCGUGCCAGUCUGGUAUCAAAGGCAGCCGCGGAGUCCGCAGAAGCGCAGACCAUGCGCUCCGUCCAGCAGACGCUGGCGUCCACGAACCUGUCCCCAUCGCUGAUGCUGAACCCGCCGCUGUCCCAGCACCCCUCCAUGUCGGCCGCCGCCCAGGCCCUUCAGCAGGCCCUCCCGCGGGCCAUCGCCCCCAAGCCGCUGCAGAUGAGGCUCCCGGGCAGCCAGAUCGUCACCUCUGUGACGGUGGCGCCCCCAAACCUGCCUUCGGGCGUGCCCCCGCAGCUGAUGGGCCAGAUGGGCGUGGGUGGGGCGAUGGGGUCGGGGGCUCAGCCCCAGAUGAGCCCGCCCAUGCAGCCAGCCCAGCGCCAUCAGAUGCAGCAGCUGCAGCAGCAGCAGCAACAGCAGCAGCAGCAGCAGCACAUGCAACACCACCAGAUGCAGCAGCAGCAGCUGCACCACCAGCAGAUCCAGCAGCAGAUGCAGCAUCAGCAUUUCCAGCAGCAUCUGCAGCAGCAGCUGCAGCAGCACCACCUGCAGCAGCAGCAGCAGCAGCAACAGCACAUGCAGCAGCAAAUGCAGCUCCAGCACAUGCAGCUCCAGCAGCUGCAUCAACAGCAAAUGCAGCAGCUCCAGCAGCAGCAGCAGCAGCCGCAUCCAUCCCAAUGUUCUCCACCCCAGCACUCCCCGGGGACCCCCCAGUCUGCCUCUCUGGGCAGCCCCCAGCCCGCCCCCCAGCAGCAGCACCAGCCCCAAAUACAUGCGCAUGCUCACGCCCACGCCCAUGCCCAUGCCCAUGCCCACGCCCAGGUCCUGUCCCAGGUCAGCAUCUACUGA